GAUUACAGAAUCACCCAAGUGACACGUUGCCAAAUUCAGCAGAAUGAGGGUCUGAGUCUUCCGGGUGGUGAUCUCUGAAAUUGCUCAGUGAGCACCCCUAAUUUUGCUGAUUUAUUGCUGAUAAUCACUCACAAUGGAAACCAAUCAAAAAUGCGGGGAUGGACUGACUGGCAUGCAGAAAGAGACUGCGCUGCGCGCUCUGAUCCAGCGCACAGGAUAUCACAUACACCAGGAAAACGGCCAGAGGAGAUAUGGUGGUCCACCUCCUGGCUGGGAAGGCCCACCUCCAGAGAGAGGCAGUGAGAUUUUUGUGGGAAAGCUUCCUCGAGACCUCUUUGAGGAUGAACUGGUGCCGCUCUGUGAAAAAUUCGGCAAAAUUUAUGAAGUACGGAUGAUGAUGGACUUCAAUGGCAACAAUCGAGGCUAUGCAUUUGUUACCUUCUACACAAAACAGGAGGCUAAGAAUGCCAUGAAACAGCUCAACAACUAUGAAAUCCGGAAUGGAAGACUUCUUGGUGUGUGUGCAAGUGUAGACAACUGUCGUCUAUUUGUGGGCGGUAUUCCAAAGACCAAAAAGAGAGAAGAGAUCCUGGCGGAGAUGAAGAAGGUGACGGAUGGUGUCAUGGAUGUCAUCGUUUAUCCAAGUGCUGCUGACAAGACCAAGAACCGAGGUUUUGCAUUUGUCGAGUAUGAGAGCCAUAGAGCUGCCGCCAUGGCCAGGAGGAAACUGCUGCCAGGGAGGAUUCAGCUGUGGGGUCAUCCUAUUGCAGUCGACUGGGCUGAACCUGAAGUAGAGGUAGAUGAGGACACCAUGGCCACAGUGAAGAUCCUCUAUGUUCGUAAUCUGAUGUUGCCCACUACAGAGGAGACCAUAGAGAAAGAGUUUAACAGCAUCAAACCUGGUGCUGUUGAAAGGGUGAAGAAGAUCCGAGAUUACGCUUUUGUUCAUUUCUCUCAAAGAGAGGAUGCCAUCAAUGCCAUGAACGCACUGAAUGGAAAGGUCAUUGAUGGAUCUCUCAUUGAGGUCACACUAGCCAAGCCUGUGGAUAAGGACAGUUAUGUUCGGUAUACCCGAGGCACAGGGGGUCGUGGCGGGACUCUGCUCCAAGAAGACUAUGCUUACACCGUAGGCCAGAUGUACGACCCCUCAGCAGCCUACCUAGGAGCACCAAUAUUCUACGCCCCCCAUGCAUACGCAGCCAUCCCUAAUCAGUUCCGCUUCCCCAGUACCAAAGGGCACAUAAGUACCAGGGGGCUGGUGCGCUCUCCCUCUGUGAGAGAAAUUUACAUGAAUGUACCUGUAGGGGCAGCGGGCGUACGUGGUUUGGGCGGGCGAGGAUACCUCGCCUGUGCAGGCAUGGGUCGUGGCUGUGCCACGUACCAACUCAAGACAGACAAACGCCCCAACGACAAACUCUAUGACCUUCUUCCUGGCAUGGAGCUCACGCCCAUGAACCCAGUCACUCUGAAGCCCCAAGGCAUCAAACACGCCCCAGAGAUCUUGGAGGAUAUUUGCCAAAAGAAUAACUGGGGACAACCGGUUUACCAGCUUCACUCUGCUAUUGGACCAGAUCAGAGGCAACUGUUCCUUUACAAAGUCACCAUCCCUGCUCUGGCUACUCAAUAUCCAAAUAUACAUCCGUUUACCCCCGCCAAGCUCUGCGCAUCAAUGGAUGAGGCGAAGCUGCAUGCGGCCGAACACACGCUGCAGAUCCUUGGUGUCCAGACAGAGGGCGCUGACGCUUCCGCUGCUGCGGCCGUCGCUGCUGCAUUCCCAGGUUAUGCAAUUGCCAGCACCACUGCUACCCAGCUGAAACAGGCUGUUUCUCUGGGUCAGGACAUGACUGCCUAUGCAACCUACGAGGGUUACCCUGCCUUUGCUGUGGCAACCCGUGGGAAUGCAUAUGGAGUGUUUUAAAACCUUUAACUAACAGUCUCUGUAAUGUCAAUGUUAACCUGUUCCACGUAUUCUGUCGUGUCUAUAGGUUAGUAGUAAUUGUUUGUUUAGAGUUAUGAAAACUUUUAUUUCUUCCCAAGUGUUUUUUUGAGCAUUUUUGCGAUUUUGAAGUAUAUGAGUCAUCUUUUGACUUAACUCAGGAAGAGGGCUGAAGGCUGCCAACAACUCAAUCCCAAACGUUUCCAAAAAAAUGUCACAUUUUACGUUUUAUUGCUGUUUUUCAAGGCUUGAAUUCCCUUGAUUUAAACAUUACUUGUGUCAUAAAUUGUGGUCAUCCAGAAUGGUGACUUUAUAUAUAUAUAUAUAUAUAAAUUAGAGAAAUUUAGGCUGGACCAUUGUUCAGUGCUGCCUGCUGCCUUUGAACGAUUGCAUUUAACAAUGAAUCAUUACAAUUGAAUGUAACUUCGAAACACAUAGUAAUAUUCCAUUGUGCUAAGUUUUAUCCAGACAUUUACUUUAGUAAGCUUUGGUAUUGUAUUUAAAGUGGUUUGUUUUUGUGUUGGUUUUCUUUCAGUAUUUACGUUAACACCUAAGUACAGAGAGUUUUAACAGAUGAUACCCAUUCAUACACUUUUGUAUGUAUCUGCAGGUUUUAGGAUCAUUUUAGAUAUGGUUGACACUUUGUAUCUGGUUCGUUUAUUAGUAGUUUUGCAAUAUUUUAUAAGAUAUUUACAGGCUUGCUACUAUUUUCCCACUUCAUACGUUUUCUAAGUGGGGAAUGUAAGAGCAUUGUUUAAAUACACAUGGACACAUUUUUGUUAAACAUGAAGAUGCCUUAAAGGUGACAGUAUUAAAGUUUGUGUAGCACUUAGAACUUAUUUUUAUACCUGACUUCCAACUCUGUUUGGAGGAACUUUGUUAUUCGAUCAUAGAGUUUUUGAAAUUAUUUAUUGUCUAAGUGAUCGACAUCAGAUCUGGAGGGAGAAUUGGACAGGCAUCAUCAGGACAAAAAAAAA